AUGGGCGCCAUGCGGGACGGCAGCCCCAUCGCGCGGGCCCUGUUCGAAAAGGCGUAUGCGUCCAAAAAGGCGGCCCUGGAAGCCGGGGACCUGAGUGGCGGCCGCUGGGCGCCGCUGUGGGACCGGCUGGUGUUCAGCAAGAUCAGGGCCAAGCUGGGGGGGCAGGUCAAGUACCUAACCUCGGGCGCGUCCCCCAUCAGUGCGGAGGUGAUGCAGUUCCUGCGAAUCUGCUUCUGCUGCGCCGUGCUGGAGGGCUACGGCAUGACGGAGACCAGCUGCACCAUAUCCAUCACGCGCCAGGACGACCCCACCAUCGGACACGUGGGCGCCCCCCUACCGUGCUGCGAGGUGAAGCUGGCCGACAUCCCAGAGAUGAACUACACGCGCAGCGACAAGCCCUACCCACGGGGUGAGGUGUGUGUGCGAGGGCCCACCAUUUUUAAGGGCUACUACAAGGAUGAUGCGCAGACGCGAGACGUGGUGGACGCCCAGGGGUGGCUGCACACCGGUGACGUGGGCAUGUGGCUGCCGGGCGGCCGCCUCAAGAUCAUCGACCGGAAGAAGAACAUCUUCAAGCUAGCCCAAGGGGAGUAUGUGGCGCCAGAGAAGAUUGAGAACGUCUACGCACGCAGCCCAUUCGUGCUGCAGUCCUUUGUGUACGGCGACAGCCUGCGGGCGCAGCUGGUGGCGGUGGUGGUGCCGGACCCGGAGCACCUGCUGCCCUGGGCGCGCGACAGGGGGUGA